AUGAACGUUCCUCCUCCAGUUGGCCACCCAACUUCGGUAACUAGAAUCUUGGUCUCAGGCUUGAUAGCCUAUCCCAACUCGGAGGUACCUACAGGAAUGUCUCCAUAUCCAAUGGUUUUCAAAUAUCCCUUCACAUCCUCCACAUAUGCCAUGAGUUCUCUAACAGUUUUUUCUUGGCGGAACAUCACCUCGUUUCCAAUAAUGAUGGAGUUGAAGUAUCUCCUAGGGAAGUUGGUCAAUAGCCAUUUCAUCUCGUUGAGCUGUUUCCAGUUCGUAUGGUCGUCGGACCCAAUCCAAACUCCAAGCGCCAAGGACAUGUUCACAUUCAACUCUUUGAAUGCGUUCAGAAUCAGCUCUGCUUGA